AUGAAGUUCUCCAACUCUGUUGCACUCACCCUGGCCACCGCGGGCUCCCUGGUAGCCGCCCAGGGCCACCACCACCAGCACCGUCACCAGCACAAGCGCAACGCUGACGCCAACACCGUCGUGGUGCCCGGCCCCGUGGUGUACGACUUUGUCAUUGCCGACGGCGACAACGUCGAGGCUGUUUCCCUGGAGAAGGCAUGCGCUGGUCUGUUCGACAAAGAGUUCAAGUGGGCCGAUGAGCCUGUCUGGGCCGCUUGCUCGACCAGCACCACUACUACCACCACCACCACUACCACGUCGACUCCCACCCUAACCCCAACUCCUGCUGUGCUCCAGGAGACCUCGGCGGAAAUCACCCCGACGACCACGACCACGACCACCACCGUUCCCCCGGCUCCCACGGCGAACUCGGGUGCCACUGGCAUUGACGCAGACUUCCCCGAUGGCGAGAUUGACUGCACCGACUUCCCCUCGAACUACGGUGCUGUUCCUCUCGACUACCUGGGCCUGGGUGGCUAUUCCGGUAUCCAAUACGCUUCGUGGGAGGAUGAGCUGAUCAGCGAUAUCAUCACUGCCAAGUCGCAGUGGCCCGAGAAGCAGGGAAGCACUGGCCAGUCCGUCGGCGGUCUGCAGUGCUCGGGUGGCAAGCUGUACCUCACCAACAGCGCGCUGAGCAAGAAGCUUUGCAUGCCGGGUGUCGGCGGUGUCUUUGUCCGCAACGAGAUGAGCCAGCAGGCCGCCGUCUGCCGUACCGACUACCCCGGUACCGAGUCCGAGACCAUCCCGCUGGCGGCCACCGUUGGGGGUACCCACCCGCUGACCUGCCCCGACGCCGCCAGCUACUACAAGUGGCAGAACUCGGACACCUCGGCCCAGUACUACGUCAACCCGGCCGGUAUCUCGACCGAGUCUGGCUGCCAGUGGGGUGACGGCUCCUCGCCCAUUGGCAACUGGGCCCCGAUGAACCUGGGUGUUGGCCAGACCAGCUCCGGCAAGUGGCUGUCCAUGUUCCAGAACACCCCGACCACCAACGUCCCGCUCAACUUUAAGGUCAAACUGGUCGGUGACGACCUGGGUGCCGAGUGCAAGUAUGAGAACGGUCAAUUCUACCAGAACGGCAGCCCCAUCGACAACGGCUGCACCACCCAGGUCAUGUCCGGUGACGCUACCUACGUUUUCUACGAGUAG